AUGCGGAGGAGCCGGAGGAGCUACCUCGCUUUGGUGACGUUGCUGGCUGUGGCGGAUGCAUCUUUCGAAGAUGAUGCGGAAAUUCAAGUUAGCAUGAAUAAAGCCUGGCCAUACUCAAACCCCACCGAGACGUACGAGUACUAUGACUUCCCGUUUUGCAAGCCGAAAAUCGUGAUGCCGCACUUCAUGACCCUUGGUCAGGUCUUGCGUGGAGAUCGAUUAGUGAAUUCGCUGUACCCAAUGCAUAUGAAGCGACAAGUCCCAAGGACGGUGAUUUGCUCAAGGAGAAUGAGCGAGGCGGAUAUUCGUAUGCUCAAAGAAGCCAUAGAUCAGAAUUACAUGUUCGAGCUUUUCGUUGGUGAGCUGCCGAUUGACAGACCAUUCGGCGUUGUGUCGACAAUGGGGAACGAAAAGGAUGAGCAGGUCACUGACAGGUACUUUCUUGUUAAUUACCUGGACUUCAUUAUCGGCUACAACGAGAAGGAGGUGGUGUCCGCAAACGUGACCAGGGAGCUCAACCUAGAGCACCUGGUCGACAUCACCGAGUGGAAAGAGGGAAUGGUGAUCCAGUUCUCGUACUCGGUACAGUGGACGCCCUUGCCACACAUCCUUCCCUCCCAAGCUUUGGAGCUGCAGCUGAAGUCCACGAUGCCACAUGGGCACCAGAACAUGGACAUUCACUGGCUCGCAAUCAUCAACUCCUUCGUUUUGAUGUUGCUCAUCUUGUCGCUGUUUCUUCUGAUCAUCAUCCGCGUGGUGCGGUCAGAUUUGUCGAGAUAUCUACAAAUUCCAGACGAAGAGCUUAAUGCAGUGGAAGAAGAGACAGGUUGGAAGCUACUGCACGCGGAUGUCUUUCGCGCUCCCAAGCAUAGGCUCUUCUUCUGCUCAGCGAUAGGUGCCGGCGCGCAGAUGACCAGCAUGAUGAUCAUGGUCGUGCUCGUUGGUUGCAUCGGAGCCUACUACCAGCGCGGAGCGGUUGCCUCUGCCGCAGUGAUCUCCUACAUGGUCACAGCUCUUCUAGGUGGAUUUGUGAGUGCCAACCUCUACCAGAAGCUCGGGGGCGAGAAGUGGGCCUGGAACAUCUUUAUGACGGCCCUCUGCUUCAUGGGACCGGCCUUCUUGAUUUGGUCCUUUCUGAACACGGUUGCCAUCUUCUAUGGCUCCACUGCGGCUUUCCCGUUCCCGACCAUAUUGCUGAUGUUCGCAAUGUGGGCAUGUGUUACAUUCCCACUGACGGUGCUUGGUGGGAUCAUAGGACGGCAUCGAUCUCUGAAGCAGGCGCAGGCUGAGGGUAGUCCUUUCCCGUGCAAGACGAACAAGCUAGCGCGGGAGAUUCCGUCGUGCCGCUGGUACCAGAGUCCCGUGACCCAGUUCUUUGCAUCUGGCUUCCUGCCCUUCAGUGCCAUCUACAUUGAGCUGCACUACAUCUUCAACUCUGUUUGGGGGCCUCGGAUAUACUUCCUCUACGGGAUAUUGCUAUUGGCAUUCACAAUGCUCUUACUAGUCGCCGGCACAGUGACGGUGCUUUUCACGUAUUUCCACCUCAAUGCAGAGGAUUUGGAGCUGUCGAGCGAUGGGCAAGCCAUGCGUGGCUUGGACCACAGUGGCAUCGUCCUGGCCGUGGAGAGGCUUACACACAACGUGCUGCGGGCAGUCUUUGACGUCGUUGCGAAUGCAAACGCCGAGGAGGAAUGCCACAAGGCAGGGCGCCAGAUCCAGCUCGGCGCGCGUCUGCCUGCAGCAAUCCUGCUCACAGAGCCGUGCCAUUCGUUGAUCCAGGAGGAUGGCGACUUCAACGCAGCCAUUGAUCGCCAGCACCGAUUGACCUUGGUGUCUCGCAACUUUCGACGGAUAGCGCGGCUGUUUGCCGCCCUGGACAAUGUACACAGGCUGAACAAAGUCGGGCGAACAGCUACUCAGCGUGAGCUCUUUUACCGAGUUGUGUCAGAAGGUAGUGGGUUGUUCAGCUCUCAGCAGAUCAUGGACCGCGCAAUGCGCGAUGCAGUCGGUGCAUUGAGAAUAGGUCGGCCCCAUUUGGGUGUCCUUACGACUGAGAAGGGUCUCUUGGCUGGUGAAAUUUCAUUCAGCCAUGAUAACUGUCUUUCCGUGGCGGCGCAGGGAGCAACCGGAACAUGCAUCGGAGAGUCACUGCUGGACCAUCGAACCCGCUUUCAUGUUGGCGAGCGGGCACAGAUUGUCCUUGUUGUUGAGAAAGACACCGUCUUCCAGCACCUAUUGCAGAGCAAGCUUUUCACAGCUUUGCCACUGAUCCUUGUGACUGGAAGGGGCUACCCGGACAUUUUGACAAGACGCUUCCUUCAGAAACUCCACAGGGUGGCUCCUCGGUUGAUGCAGGUGUACUUGGGCGACUUUGACCCCGAUGGUGUGGCAAUUUAUUUGGUCUACCGCAGAAGUUGCAAUCAUCUGCGCUGGUUGGGGAUGCACGAGCCAGAUGUGAGCAAGCUACCAUCAGGGGCAUGCCUUCCGUUAUCGAAGCGCGACACGGCUUUGCAGCAAUCUCUGUUGAGGAGAUCAGAUGUGCAACAUGUCCGUGGGCUGGCCGAGCAGGUGCAGUCCAUGACAUGCAAGGCAGAACUGGAAGCCCUCCAUGCUGCCUAUGCAGAUGAUGGGAUGGCGCUGGACUACAUCGCAGUGAAGAUCCGCGAGCGUGCCUGGAUCUAA